AUGUCUUCAUCAAUGAUACGAGAUGAGAGAGGGGUCUCUCAGCCAGAGGACGAUGUAAAAGGCGACGUCAUUAAAGACGAUGGAAUCAACGUUCUGAUUAAUGGUCAACAGCAAGAUGAUGCCCAUAAUCGUAUAAACGUAAUCGAACACGAGGAAUCAGCCUUUGUCGGCAUGUCAAGACUGCAAGCUCUCAAGGUGUUUUGGCGGCCUACCCUAUACUGCUAUAUGUGUGCAUUUAGUGUUGUGAUGAACGGAUAUCAAGACUCGCUUCCUGGUGGUCUUCUCGCAAAUCUGGGCUUCAUCAAACAGUUCGGAACAAUCCCCGAUGGUGAAGGCGGUAUGGCAUUAGAUGCUCAGCAUAUCUCGGUUUGGAGUGGUGUGGCCUAUGUCGCUCAGUUCGCAGGAUGCUUGCUCGGAGGGGUCAUAUCGGAUAGAUUUGGCAGAAGGACCGGCAUGCACGCUCUCACCAUCGGUUAUGGCCUCGGUGUUAUCGUCGAAAUGGUCGCCAAAGACUGGAAACAAUGGCUCGCCGCUAAAUUAUUCACGGGUCUUGGAUCAGGUCUGGCUCAGGGCACCGUUCUCUCGUAUAUGAACGAGAUUGCUCCUGCACAAAUUCGUGGCUACUUACUUUCUACAUAUGGUGCCGCUUAUGCCGUAGGACAGCUGUUCAUCGCGAUUGCUCUGCAAAUCGUGGACACUACCGAUCCCGAGGGGUAUCUCAAGGCGGUGUACUCCGAAUGGGUCGUACUAGGUCCAUGGAUUAUCAUGUCGUUUUGUCUUCCUGAAUCACCCUGGCACUACGCUCGUCAAGGACGGGAGGAUCUGACAAAGAAAUCUCUGAAAAGGAUCUACAAGGGGAUCUCAGGAUAUGAUGUUGAUCGAGAAUAUGCGGUCAUGGUCUCGGAGAUUGAGAGGGAAAAGGAAGUCAGGCAUACCAACAAGGAGACGUCGUGGAAAGAUAUUUUAGUCGGGCCCAAUCUUAAACGAACAUUUGCUGGUGUUUGUGCUCUGGGAAUGCAGAACUGGGUGGGGAGCUCUGUUGUCUUCAACUACACCACCUAUUUCUUCCAACAAGCCGGCAUUCCCGAGCCUUUCCAAGCCAACGUCAUAGUGUUCUGUAUCCUUAUCGGAGCUAAUAUAAUCUCUUUCUACUUGGUUGAACGCACCGGUCGACGAACUCUUAUACUGUAUGGCGGGGUAGCGUCAGUUGUGCUUUGUGUCAUCAUUGGAACAAUGGGUGUUAUCGAGCAGACCACAUCGUCACAAAGUGCAACUCUUGCUGUUAUCUGUAUGUGGGUUGUGGUGUAUGCUUUGUGUUUCGCUGGAACCGGAUGGCUUCUUGCCGGAGAAAUCUCCACUCCUCGACUUCGUGCGAAGACCGCUUCGUUCGUGGCUGCAACAAAUGCCAUCGCUGGUACACUAUACAAUACCACUGUGCCGCUCAUGCUGGGUACUGACGGAGCAGGUGCGCGAGGCUGGGGCUUGAAGACUUUGUACAUGUUUGCAAUCCUCUCUGCAGGAGGAACGGUCCUUUGUUAUUUCCUUGUACCUGAAACUAAAGGCCGAACUUUCAACGAGCUUGAUGAGAUGUACGAGGCUGGUAUCUCCCCAAGGAAGAUGAAGAAACAUAUCACUAGGAUCGAAGAAGCUGGUCUGAAGGUCCACUCAGCCUAG